GUCACUCUAAACUUUACUUUUUCCCUGGCAGCUAGUCACAUAUUUUUAGCUUGGAUGACUUAAAAUAUUUCGAAAUUUAUUAGAGAUGUCUCGCAGAAGUAAAAGCUGCACUCCGAAAUAUGUGAGGAGCAACCAGCCAGUGACCUUGGUUCCGCUUGCCACAAAGGAGUCCCUAAUACAGUCGGCUUCGCACUUUAAUGAAGUGGCUACCCGUUCCGCGGGCGUGGCUGCAGGAUCGACAGUGGGUCAUGUUAUCGGGGCCGGACUUACUGGAUUUUUCAGAGGAAAUGGUCACGGAAAUAAUUCCCUACACAGCGACCUUGUGGAAGAUGGACCCUGCGCUGCCGAAAUGAGACAGUUCCUUAAAUGCAUCGAGGAGAAUGAUGAUCUCAAUAUGUGCAAAGAAUUCAACGAUGCCGUUCGCCAAUGCCACAAGAGCUAUAAUAUAUAGUUGCGUUUAUUAUAUGCUCAAGAUGUAUGUGUUCGAAUUAAAUAUUUGCAAAUUCAA